AUGCAUGUAUUUUUCGUGGAAAAGGGUAGUUCAGAAACGAGAGAAUUCGCGGUAAAAAGGCUUUCUAAGGAAUCGGGACAAGGGAUAGACGAAUUCAUGAACGAAGUAGUGCUUAUUUCUAAACUCCAACACAGAAAUCUCGUUAGACUAUUGGGUUGCUGUGUGGAGAAUAACGAAAAGAUGCUGAUAUACGAAUACAUGCCUAAUAAAAGCUUGGAUUUCUUUCUCUUCGAUAAAUCGCAAGAAAUCCUCGAUUGGAGAAAGCGUUUAAACAUCAUCGAAGGCAUUUGUCGAGGCCUUCUUUACCUUCACAGAGAUUCGAGAUUAAAGAUAAUCCAUCGAGACCUCAAGCCAAGUAACAUAUUGCUGGAUAAUGAUUGGAAUCCGAAGAUUUCCGAUUUCGGGAUGGCGAGAAUUUUCGGAAGCAACCAAGAUCAUAUCAGCACUGUAAGAGUUGUCGGAACAUACGGAUAUAUGGCUCCCGAAUAUGCAAUCGAAGGGAAAUUUUCCGAAAAAUCUGAUGUUUUCAGCUUCGGGGUGUUGAUGUUAGAGAUUGUUUGCGGAAGAAGGAACACGAGCUUUUACAAUCACGAAACCUCUGCCAAUCUCUUAGGACAUGUGUGGAAACUGUGGAGUGAAGACGAUGUAGGAGAAUCGAUAGACGUAAGAAUAUCGAGCCGAAGUUAUCGUACAGAAGUGGUGAGAUGCAUACAAAUAGGAUUACUGUGUGUGCAAGAACUGCCUAAAGAUAGGCCUUCGGUUUCGAGUGUGCUCUCAAUGCUUAAGAGCGAAAUAGCAGAGCUUCCGGAACCUAAACAAGUUGCAUUUUUUGCGUUGAAUUCGAACGGUAGUUCGAAUACGAGGGCAACUUCUUCUCAGCAGAGUCAAAGGAGUAGUGGCUCUGUGAAUAAUGUUACUAUCUCCGUCGUUGACGGUAGAUGAAAUAUUCGUAGUUGUCUCGAAGAAGAUUGUGAAUACAGAGAGUGGAAUAUACAUAGGGAUUUCUCAGCUUAUGUAUGUAUUUAUGUAUAGGCUCGUGUACGAGGAGGUUCAAGAUCGCUCAUCUUUAUUAAUUUAGGUUCAGGGUUUUUUUUUCUCUCUCUUUCGCGCGUAUAAGCUCACUCGAUCUACAUGUAUUGGAGUUUAUUGGAUUUAGUAAGCACGUGUUAUAUCGAAUC